AUGGAGCUGGAAGGCAAGCUCCAUCAGGCAGCUGAGAAAGGAGACGAGGCGGCGGUGCGGCAGCUGCUGGCGGCAGGCGCUCGAGCGGAUCAAGUCAACCUGCACGGCUCACUGCCGCUGCACAGAGCCAGCCACUACGGCCACGAGGGGGUGGUGAGGCUGCUGCUGGAGGCGGCCCCGGCCACCGCCUCAGCAGUCAACAGCCACGGCAAGACACCACUACAUUGUGCGGCUGACAGCCUCUGGAGUGCGAGUGGUGGAGUGGUGAGGCUGCUGCUGUCGGCGGCGCCUGCCACAGCCACUCUGCUCACCGCCGACAAGCGGGCUCCCAUCCACUGGGCCGCCUACCACAACCAUGUGGAAGCCACGCAGCUGCUGCUGGAGGCGGCACCAGAGCUGGCAUUUGCACCGGAAGGUUGUGGCUACACACCGCUGCAUAUGGUGCUGUUCAAUCCGGACAAUGUCAGAGCGCUCAGAGAGCUGGAUACGGAAGUCGCGGAGACGGCCCGCUGCCUGCUGCGGGCGGCGCCAGCGGUUCAAACAGCCCUGGGCAUCCUGCUGCAGUACAGCCAGCACUCUGCAACCCUCUACGCCGACCUGAUGGCCCGCCUGUCGCUCAGCGAGGAUCAGUGGCAUUCGAUUCCUGCUCCCUGCCCUGGCCUGGCUCGAGCGCUGCCAGCCGUUCUGCAGUGCUCGGCGGCAGAGGCUGGGUGGCUGGUGGGGCGGCUGGCAGAUGCGCAGCGUGCACGGCUGCGGGCAGCGGCGCUCAGCUUGGCGCGGCCGCAGCAGCAGAGCAGCGCCGUGCUGCCGGCGGAGCUGAGCGGGCGCAUCCUUGCGCUGUGCCUGCUGGACCCCUGA